UGUACAAAAGUUAUGGCUGCCGUCUCUAGUUUUCGAUUGAUGUUUUCCGUGGAGAGUCCGAAUUCCCGUGUUUACCGCGGUAUUUAAUAACGCGAGAUUGUGUUGCGCGACGCGUUGGCAUCGACCGCGAUGUGAGCGGCAUUCAUCCGCACGUCGUUUCGACUGCCUUAGUGUCAUUUUUGUCGAAAAAUGCCUGUGUUUACAUCCGAGUUACCAGUGAGCUUCUGUAUUCCUGUCACAUUGAGCCUAUGGUCCACGGUCCUCAAAUAGCCGAAUCGAGGACUAGACUUGGUGAGGCCGAGGCCGGGCGAGGGGGAUAGCCGAUAACAACUGUCCUCCCUGGUCGCGCAACACUCGCUCGCGAGUUUCCACGUGGCGUCUUGCAAGGCCACCAAAACGUCGACCCCAUCGGUAAUCAAGUUAUCGGGGGGUGGAACAGGUGGCGGUGGGGAGCAAUUGUCCCCAGGGCCUGGCCCACCUCCCCCGGUGUCCCCGUUGGCCGCCGGUGACGGUCGCGGCAGCGACGAGAGCGCGGCGACCGCGUCUGCAGCGAGUAAAGAUGACCAAGUGCAAGCUGCCGUCCCAGCGGCAAUCGGACCGACAAAGUCCGUGUCUGCGGAAGUGGAAGAGGGCUACAGCAAGGUUGCCGAGACCACCAUGAGCUUUGUGCUGCAGUUGGGCGUAGAACCGGCGUCUGCGCCGGCAGUGGAGAACGCGAAGGAUGUCGAAGGCGAAGAACAACCGCCGCCGCCGCCGCCGCCGACGUUGUUGUUUGCUCGAGAAAUAUGGCGGUCCCAGGAGCCUGUGACAGUCGUUACCGGCGCUGGCAACACCACAGCGGGAAACACCGUGGUGAUCGCGAGCAAUGACGACGCCACCGUAGCUCGUAACAGCGGCAAGUCGCAGCUGGCGCAGUGUCUGGAGGCGAUGAACAAUCAGCAGCAAACGACCACAUCUGCUUUCUCGACGGUCAAAUCCGUGGUGACGUAUCCGGUUGCUAAAGGCGUCAGGGAGCAGCAGAGGAUGAUCGCCGGCUCGCAGACCAACACCACGCAGGUGCUAACGACACGCGUCAUUUCGCAGAAGGCACCGUCGUCGAUCUCGUCCACCGGUCAGACUCAGCCUCUUCCGGUGUCCGCCUUUAACAUCACCAACGUGUCGGCCAAUUCAACGUCCUUGCCGACGUCUUCUGGCGGCGGUAGCGUUUUCUAUCCUUUGCAGACUGCCACGAGCACGGUACAGAGCAGUCAACCCGUCAAGAAUCAGACUGCGAUCGGCGAGCACCAAGGUAAGCAACAGCAACAGCAACAACUAUCGGCGACCAGCAAUGUGCAGGCCACGUUACAUCACAAGUACCAGCCGGUCUCUCUUCAACAACACAUUGUGAACGCGGCGGUGAAGACUAUUAACACAGUGGCGGCGGCGGCAUCGAAUAUCCAGCGAAUUCACGUGAAGACGGCGUCGCCGAGCGUCGUUGCGGCGACCGGCCAAUCGACUGCGCAGACCAUGAAUCUGCAGAAGGUAAAGACUGUGACGAGCGUCAACACCAAUCAGCCUGUUGCCGGGGUUGUGCAACGCAACAAUUCUUUAUCCAGAAUACAGGGCGUGCCAAAAUCACAAAUGUUAACCAGUCAGAUCGGUCAAUUGGCGGCCAACAAUCAGGCGGCUGCGUCUAGCGCGAACUCGCAGAAGGUCCAGCAAGGCAGUACAGCGAUGCUGCAGAAGACGACAACGACGCAGCCCGCCAAUGCGGCUAAUACGCAGAAAGCAGGAUACCAGUCGGUUGUCUGCAACAACCAGAAGAUUUCAUCGCAGCUGUCGAGCGGCGGCUAUUAUGCGAAUCAUAAGACGCAGCAAUACGCGGCCGGCAAUCAGCAAACGCAGCAGCCUCUCGGUUUGCAGAAAGUGCAGGGAUCUCAAAAGAGUCUAGCGGCGGCCAAACAGCAGCAGCAGCAGCAGUCGACACCGCAACAGGUAAACAACGUCUCGAAAUGCAGCGGUCCCGUAACCGGCACGCAGAAAUCUCAAACACUCGGGCAGCAUCUAGCGACGAGUCAGAAGCUAGCACAGCGAUCUCAGUCGGCGGCGACGGGGCUACAAAAGUCGCAAACGUUGGCGACGGUGCAAGCCGCUGCCAGUCGGACGCAAAUCGCGACGAGCAAUGUGUGCAAGAGCAAUAGCGUACCGAAUAUCUCCAAGAUACCGCAGCACAAUUCGAGCACACUUACAGUCAGCAAGCAGCAACAGCAAAUCUCGCAGCCGCAGCAGCAACAACCUGUAAUGCAGAAGUCGCAACAGCAGCAAUCGGCGAGCGCGAAUAAUCUACAGUCUCAAAGAAGUCACAGUAUUACUAGCGUGCAUCAAAAGGUGAUCACAACCAUACCGAACAAUCAGAGGACUCAAGACAUGAUGAAUUCGAAGGCUCAGCAGCAGCAGCAGCAGCAACAGCUGGUGAUGAGGGUAGGCAUGCCGAAGGGCCAGGCGCAAGCAUCGCAAUCCGGGGCAGGUCUGAAGGGCGUCUCGCAGAAAUUGGUGAACUCUGUCAAGAACAUGGCGAAUUCUCAAAAUAACGCCGUUCAGCAACCGGUAGUACAGCGAAACAGCACUUCUGUCCAACCGGUGAAGAUCGUACAACAGCAGCAACAGCAACAGAAUGUGAUUGGUCCGCAGAAUGCACCGCAAAAGCAACCUGGAUGCAUCAAAACUAUUCCGCCGCAGAAACCCGUGCAGAGGAAUCACGCGCAGAAGCUCGGCGGUGGCAUUAAGACUUCGUUGAACACGAAUGUGACGACACUGACGAAAGUGCAGGGCCCGGCCGCUACGCCGGUCAUGCAGAAGACGACGAGCAUCAAGACGCUGCUGCCGCAGCAGAUGACCGUCGCGUCGUCCAACGUGAUGGCUGCGCACAAAAACUCACCGAUUAAAAUCCAGCAGCAAGCAAUACAACAGAAGCAACUCAUUAUGGCGCCGCAGUACUCUCAGCAGAUGAGACAGCAUGUCGGACAGAUAAAGACUCUGCUACCGGUGACGUCAACCACGAGCGAAUCCCGCAAAGACAUCGCUGAGAACAAAAAUGAUAUUGAGUUCCGAAUGUCCAAAGAAGAGGAGCACAGCGCGCCCAAAUCACCAGUGAGGAGAAUGCCGCUUCCUUAUGAGUGUCUGCAGUUUGUUCUUCAAGACCACAAUUACGGAGCGCCACCACCGCGAACACCGCCGCCGCCGCCUCCGUCGCCACCACCCCAUCCGAAACAACAGCCCAUCAAUGGAGCCGGCAGCUCCACGGCCACUUCACAACAUUCUUAUAUUUUCGGACCAGUUAUGAGCAAUACUAAUGCGGAAGAUGACGCCGCUAGCGUGAUAAGUAGCGAAGCAGGACGGGAAGCAGAACCGGAAGGCGAAGAAACCGAAACAGCGCCUGAAGGCGAAGGCGACGACGAAGAUAGUGUUACUAGAUGCAUUUGUGACUUCGAGCAUGACGAUGGCUACAUGAUUUGUUGUGACCGAUGUUUAGUAUGGCAACACGUUGAUUGUAUGGGCAUAGACCGCUCAAACAUUCCUGACGAGUAUCUCUGCGAGAGGUGUCGGCCGCGACGUGUAGAUAGACAGCGAGCUCGAGCAUUGCAGAUGCGCAAACGUGAGGAGCUGCUAAACUCGGACACCUCGUCCGACACGUCGUCCACUAGUUCGGUCGACACGGAUGUCGGCUCGGUGAACAAUACCACAGUUCAGAAGAAACGCUCGCUCCCGCAGCAGCAGUCGCAGGUGCCAAGACGCAGCAAGUCCGAUGCGUCUGCUCAACCUGCGCAAGUGCGACGACUGAAUAACAACAAUAACAACAACAACAACGUGGCGAAACGACAGAGGAGAGAUUCGCACGCACGGCAGUCGAGCGCCGUGCGUAAAAAAGAGAACACCACGCCGAAGCGGGGACCUGGAAAACGCAAAGCCAAGAGGAGAAUGAGUCUCGAGGACAAGGAGGAGGACACUCAGGACGCGUGGGGCACCAACAUGGCGCCUCUAAGACAGUGGAUCGAGAGAUACGAGGAGGCCGUAACGAAUCACUACAGCCCGGAACUGCGAGCAAGGAUAUCGAGCAUCAAAGUCAACGGCACGCACAGCGAUCUCAGACAGUGUAACAUGAAUGUCAUCGCCACCGGCAAAUGCAGACUCAACGUGCACAGUAAUAAUCUCAGAUUUCUAGUGGCCACGAUGUAUCUGCCACCAAAUACUCCGGUCGUGGAACUACGCGGUAAAUACAUGUUGAGUACGCAGCAUCGACCGCAGCAUCCGCAAGGCGGCAGGCAGCACGCUCAACGGCCGGGGCCGUUUGUAUUCUUCUAUCGUUUGCCGCGCGACGGCACCGAGGUGUGCGUGGACACGCGGACGUACGGCAACGACGCGAGGUUCGUCCGGCGCAGCUGCAAACCGAAUGCCGAAGUGAAGCACUGCAUCGAGAAGGGCACGCUGCACCUCUACAUCGUGACGACGAGCGCGAUCGAGAAAAACGCCGAGAUCACGAUCAAGCACGAGCAGCACGACUUGCUGCUGUCGCCCAAUCCCAAUUCCCCCGCGCUGCCCGUUGUGUGCGCGUGCAACAAUCCGCGGGAGUGUCAGAUCGCCAAUGCGGCGGCGAAUCAACUGAACAGGAGAGGAAGCAACGGCGCCCUCGCUGAAAAUGCCGAUGGCAGAGAACGAAGACGACGAGGCAGAAGGAAUACCAUCUGUGAGGAAACUGAUCCCGCGCCGCCGGUGGUCUCCACGAGCGUGGCGCAAGUCACCACGGUCUCGACGUCGACCACGUCGUCGUCGUCGUCGUCGUCAUCGACGGUGACUGUCGCGACGCCGAGAAGAGCUGUCACGACCGCGGUGACCACUACAACGACCCGUCAAGUUUCCAAGGAGGAACCCGUCGCGGCGACGGUAACGAGCGCGCCGCCGCAAACGUCACCCAGUCUGAGCCAUUCGGCGACGGCGCCGGAAACGAAGAAGGACAAGAAGAAAAUGACGCGAGAGGAGAGGAAGAUGGAGGCGAUCAUGAAGGCGUUCGAGAGGAUGGAGAAGGCGGAGCAGAGGAAGCAGGAGGUGCAGGCGAGAAACGCGCAGCGGAAGGAGUCGAGCGGCACUCACAGCGACAACGAGGACAGCCACUCGACGACAGGACAGUCGAAGAACAGUAAGCAUCACUCCGAGAGGCCGCUACGGCGGAAGAGAAGGAAAGGUCGAGCGAGGACGACGAGUACGUCUCAGUCGCAGCAGACCACUCGACGGACGAGAAUGAAUUCGGCCGAAUCCGACGUGUCUUCUGGAGACGAGAGCAACUCCGUGCAAUCGCCGCCGUUGCUCGGUCAGAAUCGCACCCCGAAUCGCGACAUUCCCUAUUCGUCGCACUUGCACACGCCGGGGAAGAACGCGAUGAUGGACGGCGCGAGUAACACUGGAUCGUCAUCCACUCAAGGAAUUCCUACGGCGGCCGGCUUGCUCUUAGCCUUGGCGAACUCGAAUGCCCCUGGUCCUCCGAGCUCGCCACCGCUACAGCAGCCCACCCCCGUCAAGAGUCCCACGUGCGACAGCGGUGCCAGCAGUAGCUCGCAGAGUUCCACGCCAUCCACGCCACUGUCGUCGGCCUGUCUUCUGGUGGCUGCCGCUGUCGGUCCGUUGGCGCCGGGUUUCAAAUUUCCGAAGACGAAGAAGGUGCUGAUGAACGAGUGGCUGAAGGAAUCGCCUGAUCCGCCGCAGGCUAACAUACCCCAGGUCUCGCCACUGCCGGCCUUACCGUCAGCGCCGACCUUGCACAAUUCCAUGAACACGCUUUGCGCCAGACCAUCGGAGUUUCCGCCGCUGCAGUCGACGGAUCCGUCCGCGGAAUUUCUGUCGCAGAGCUACGCGGCUAAGAGCUUAGCCACCCUCGUGCAAGCCGCCAAUUCGGUUAGCGGCAUAUGCGAUUCACCGUUGCAACGUAAACAGCAACAGGCUACUGUGAUUUCUAGCAACAAUAACAACAACAACAACAACAACAACGGUGGCGGCGGCCCCGUCGCUGCGUCCACAGGUUCGGCGAAAAAGCGAUGGCUGCGCCAGGCAAUUUCUGAGGAAUGCGACUCGCCUAACAGUCGACCCGAGAGUCCGCCUUCUCUCUGUGAAACGGUAGCUCCACCCAAGAAGCGGAGAAUAGCUCGAGAGAGCCUGUCGUCGGACAAUUACACACCGCCGACGACACCAACCAUGAUGCUUCCGACCGAGACAACGCCUAAUAGCAGAUCGCUAUGUCCUACUGAAGAUGAUUGUACGGAACACGCGCACUCACCUAUCGUAGAACGGAAUGACGAGAAGUCGGAGUCCGUGAAGAAAGAAGUCAACGUGGAUGAUAGGCCUAUGGAUUCCAGCGAGCCAGUUCGAGGGAAACUCAAUGAUAUCUUUCCCCAGGCGGACUUUUACGUAAAGAGCGAAGAAAAACCUGAAUGCUCGUUAAAAUAUAUAUCGGAUAUCGUUAAGAAGGAGAUAUGUCCUAUAAAACCGGAAUGCUCGUUGAAAUAUAUAUCGGAUAUUGUUAAAAAAGAGUUGUCUCCUGUAACGGAAAUGGAAAAUGUUUUGAUGAAGGAAGAAAAAGUCUCUCCGAAAUGGGAGAAAAAUGAUAUAGAAUCUAAAUGUGAUUACGGCUCGUUGGAUCCAAAAAUAUUCGCGAAAAUCAGAAAAGUCGUUGAAAGCGGAAUCAAACUAGACGAUUUGCGGGGAAAAAUGGAGCCUUUUCCGCUGAAGGAGGCGCAAGUUUUCACUAGAGGCACAGUCGAGAUUGUCGAUCAAAACGAACCCGACACUGAAAUGGAGGGAUUCAGUUCUCCCAUCGCCGUCAUGGAAUCGGACGCAAUUCUGAAGCAACGAGUGGCCGAGAUGCAGCUGGAAUUCAGUGGCGGCGUCGCUGAGAUCGUGAAUAUCGUUAGUAACGAUAACGAGAAAUCUGACGAUGAGAAGAAAGCAGAAGAAAUCGUUGACAAGUGUCAAGAGAUCGUUGAAAGAUUGGAUGACAACACGUCGAUCGAUGAGUUCGACGUCGAGGCGCAGAUGAAGAAGAUCACGGGCGACGACGGCAACGACUAUCAGGAAAAGAUCGAUGUGAGUUCGGAGAAGGACAAAAGUAUUGACGGAAUAGAAGGACUGAUGGAGAGUUCGAAGGAGGAUUCGGAUUCCGAGGACAAAGAUAUGGACGAUGACAAGUACUGCGAAUUUUCCUUCAAGUUGCUCGACCAUGAAGAAACGUCUUUUCAAGAAUUAGAUAGCAAAUCUGAGACUAAAUCGGAACCGAUCGCUGUUACGCAAGACGACGCGAAGGAAAUGGAUAAAGACACGAGUGAGGAGGAGGUUCCGAAGGAGGUUUCCAAGGAAGAACAGUCGUCAGCUUUCACCGCGUCGACGGAGGAAGUCAUUUUCGAAUCGGCUUCCUGCAACGCAGACACAAAAUCCGUCGCAAACCUUCCCAAAAUUUUUCACUCCAUUCCGCCGUUGAGCGAGCGGAUUCGCAAGAAAACGGAUCCGGCGGUCACGUCGAAAGCGCCUAAGAUGGACUUCGAGGUAGCCAUCAUAGAAUCCGCAAUAAGCAUGGACACCGUGGAUGAUUCCAAGAACGGCGAGGAGAAGUCGAUGUUGUCGACAGCGUUGCGCGAGCUUCUGGAAGCAAAAUUGGACGAUGUGCCGGCGGCGGCGGCGGCGGAAGUGACGAAAAAUAACAUCGAUAACGAAGUUGAUGCACCAUCGCAAGUUGCUCAGGCAAAAGAGUCCUCCGAACCCAGUUCGGACGCAGCAGAAGAACCGGCUCCGAUUCAGGAAGCUCCAAAGUCGGAGGAGACGUCGCCCGUCAAGGAGGAAGACAAACCCAAGGAGAUAAAACGGUUGAAAGAUCCACGGACCGUCGUACCGAACAGCAUGCCGGCACCGUCGGCUUUUAAAGCGGACGCCGCUGCUCCCGUUAAACGCAAGUUGUCCAUAUCGGAGUAUCGUAAGCGCAAGCAGCAAUCGUCUGGAGGGACGGGAACCGAGCCGGAAUCGCCGAACGACUCCUCCACGCCGGAUAAAAGCGGAGCGCGUGGUAGAUCGGACAGCGCCAGCAGCGGCACUUCUUCGCUCAGCUCUGACGAAGAAGGUUCAAAAACGGCGCUUUCUCUCGAUUUACCAAGCCUCACGCUUGCUUUUGCUAACGCUUCCACCGACAACGAUGAAAAAAAAGGCGGAGAAGAAGGCGCAAUCGGUUGGUCUGCGGCGCCAACAUUGGUAGAGCGUCAGCGAGAGAAUCUCACCGAGCGAUUAAAGCGCGAAUUUGGACUGCUGCUGAGUGAUGACGAAGAGGAACGAGCUCGUAAGCAUGGUCUGACAGCCGAAGCGAUACUGAAGGCGCACAAAUCUCCGCCCCACAACCUGGUCGCCAGCACCCCGCCGGGUUAUCCCGGGUUACCGCAACUACCCCCUCAGCCGUACAUACCGCCACCGGGCUCCGCAUCCAUUCACUAUCCUCAGUUCCAGAGCAAGCCCAGCACGGUGCAGUAUCCGAACUUCGCGAUACCGCCGCCGCAGACCACCGCCGCGGCGCAGCAGCCGAUGUACAGCAGCGCGCCGGCGACCGCGCCGCCGCAAGCGGCCGCGGUCACCAAGCCGACGCAACAGCAGCAGUUCUUGGUGCCUCAGGCGUCCCAAGCGCCACCGGGUGCCAAUCCGUAUCCGCCGCCGUCGGGCAACCAGGCGUAUCCGCCUGCAACGUCGGGGCAACCGCAGAAGCCGUUUCUCAAUAAUCCAGCGUCGAGGUCGUAACCGGCAUAAAGGGUAGGAUUGUUCAAAGUUCUUUAGUUCUAAAUUCAUGUCGUUUCACAUUGUUUCGAUCCCGCGCGGGCUGUCGGACCGUUAUCUUGCCCUUUUCUCCUUGUCGUACAAGACGAUACUUUCGACUAUUCUAUCAAAACAAAACAGCAAAGAAAAAAAAAAAGAAAUCAGAACUCGAGCUAAAUAUUCUUAAUGGAAGUUUGUACAUUUUCUUAUUGUAAGAAAAGCAAGUGCAUCGUCUCGCGCGUAACAGUCGGCGCGAGAUGAGAAGGCAAACGAGAAGAGCCGCAUACAGAAUUCCAGCAGUUUCUUAAGCAAGCGAAAAGAGAACCGUGCUGCGUUCGCUAUCGAUCGCUUGUAGAAAAUUGUCACGCAUGUAUUUAAAAUUUAGAGAUAGUAUAUAUUGGUUUCGUGACUUUUCUCUCCACAUAAUCGAUGGAAUUCAUGUGGCCUAAGAUGAUAGCUGAGUAUUUUGAGGAUAUAGCGACGCGCAUUUUUAGAUAGGGUAUAUUGAGAGAGAGAGAGAGGGGGGGGGAGUGAGAGAGAGAGAAAGAAAAAAGAGAAAGAGAGCUCCAUUGCGGUACUCUUUCGCGUGAAAAACGGCCAAAAGUGUAUUUCGAACGGCGUACACUUUUUAUACCGGUGAAAUGGUGCCCUAAAAUGUUUAUGUAUGACACUAAUCCAAUUUUGAUAAGGUUGACAAAGUUGGAGGCGCGCUCGAUUGAGGCUGAUAAUCGAAUCAGCCGAUUUCGGUUCGCGAUAUCCCUCUCGCAAACAGUUAUCAUUAUAUACAAUUGUGCACCUAAGCAUCGUUUAUCCUGUGUCUGUACAUAUAUAUUAUUUCCAUAAAAUACGCAUAAUAUUAACAAUAUAAAAGCUAUAUUUAAUGAAGCUAUAAUAUUUAGUCUUAGCUUGUAGGUCCAACAAUCAUAACAAAUCUAAUAUGAUACGUAGAUAAGUGAAAUAGUACUGUGUUGUGCUGUUUUCUGACGCAUAAAAGGGCAAGAGUGAGCCUAGAAUUCUCUAUAUUUUAUAUUUCAUUGUAAAAUGAACAGAUUAUUUAUAAUAAAGGGGAAAUGUUGAAAUUUAAAUACUUGAGUUUUAUUUCGAAAGUUUAUAAGUUAAUAUAUAUUAUUACAUUUAAUAGAUUUUGUACGUGUUAUCGAUACAUACAGUAAAUGGUUUUCCUUAUUUUUUUUAACUGCAAUUUUAUUUAAAAAAAAAAAAAAA